CUUUUAAAAUGUUUAAAAAUGAAACUCCUAUCGACAACUUUUUUAACAUACUAGUGCUGCUACUAUGCAUUAGUUACCUAAACCAACCCUGGCAUCCAAAACGCAUGUUUAGAAAAAAGUCAUAUUUAGUAAGACUGAUUGAAAAUAAUUAAAAUUGGCAACACCUAUGCUAUACCCAUUUAAAGGUCCAAGGUCAUAGAAAUCUCAUUUCAAAAUCCUUUGAUCUUUUGCCGGGUUUCGCAUCUGUUGUGGUUAAUCUGUGGUACCACCCUAUAUAGGAAAAGUUUUAGUAUUUAUCAUCAUUUUUUGAUAAUUGUCAUUAUCAUGUCAUUAUCAUAACUGUAUUGUAGUAACAUAUUUGGUGACCCCGAAACAGACUAACGCAUCAUCAACGCAAAAGAAACUAGGGAAAAUGUUACCUCAAGAGGAGAUAGUAUUAACGAAAUCAGAGUCGCUAAACUACCACUUUUUUGGACAAGCAACCCAAAACUUUGGUUCGCACAAGUAGAUGCUUAUUUUGAGUUAUGCAAACUACGGUCGGAUUCAACAAAAUAUUUUACAGUCAUUUCCUCGUUAGACACGACAAUCCUACAACACGUAUGCGAUCUUAUCAUGAAGCCAACGGAGAAAGAUAAGUACGAAUCACUCAAACGACAUUUAAUUAAUAAUUUUGCUAUAUCAAAAACAAAUUAAAUACGAAACUUGCUCACGGAUAUUGAAGUUGGAGAUAGAAAACCUUCAGAUGCUUCGCCAGAUGAAAAAUUUAGCAAUGGAUCGAAUUAGCAAAGAAGUAAUAUGUAAAAUUUUGGAAAGUAAAAUAAAUCCCUUUCAAAAUACAGUUCUAUUUCUCACUCCAACUCCGCUCCUUCCACAUCAAACGAUCACUGCCGCAGACUUGAAGAUAAGAUUCAAGAUCUAACGCAAACAUUAAAGAAACUUUAGCUAGACAUUUCUCGUAGCAAGUGUCAAACCAAUUUCAGGAAUCGUUCCCAUUCAUGAUCUAGAAGUAGGGCAACUAAUUCAAACUUUUGUUCCAAUCAUUAGAGUUUUGGAAAAAAAGCUCGUAAAUGUGAUAAGCCCUGCAAUUUCCAAGCAGAUCUUCAACUUUCCGCAAUUGGAAAAAUAUAUAGCCCAUUAGAAAAAGAGCAAGUGACAAAUCUCUUAUUAAAAACAAUCUAUAUGUUACCUAUAUAAAUUCUGGUAUGGAGUUUCUUAUCGAUACUGGUGCAGACGUUUCUAUUAUUCUUAGAUCUGGAUUGGCUAAAACAGUGAAACCCACAUCCUUCAAUCUAUAUCCAGCAAAUGGAUCAAUCGUCAAUAUAUUUGGCUAUCGACUACUAAGCUUAACUUCGACGUUCUUUGAAAUAGCAAUUCAUAGUUGCUGAUGUAACACGAGCCAUUUUGGGCGCUGAUUUCUCAAAACACCACGGUUUGCUCGUCGACUUACAGCAACGUAAACUAAUAGAUUUCACUACUAUCCUGUUUUAUAUGACUAAAUCUUUCAAAUGUAAAAAUAAAAGUAUAAGUUCAAUUAAUGAAACUUCUAAAUUUCAUGACCUUUUGGCCAAGUUUCUUGAAAUCACAAAAAGUACUCCUGUUCCUCCUGUGAGCAAUCACACAGUUAUGCAUCAUAUUGUCACUAAAGGUCCUACUAUUGCCCAAAGACUGAGAUGUUUGUCUCUGGAGAAAUUCCACAUUGCCAAACUAGAAUUCGACAACAUGCAAGGAAUUUGUCGCAUUUCAAGCAGCUGUUGGGCGAGCCCUCUUCACAUAAUUGGAGACCGUGUGAAGACUACAGAAAACAUAUUUCGCGAAAAGUUCCUGACAAAUAUCCCAGUUGUUAUAUUCAGAAUUUUUCUAAUAGAUUGGUUAGUUGUAAAAUAUUCAGUAAACUAGACCUAGUUCGAGUUUGUCAUCAGAUUCCAGUUGCUGAACCUGACAUUUCGAAAACAACCGUAAUCACUCCAUUUGGCUUAUUUGAAUUUCCUUUUAUGACGUUUGGCCUUUGCAAUGCCUUUCAAACAUUUCAAAGAUUUAUGAAUAUCGUCCUUCAGGGUUUAGAUUUUACCUACUGUUACAUCGACGUUAUUUUAGUGGCUAGUAGGAAUAAAGUAGAGC